AUGCUCGAAACAGUUAACCAAUCUUAUUCAGUUUUGCCAUGCCGUCGAUUUUCACUUGCUGAGAUCAAGACAGCUACCAAUAACUUCAAUGAUAAUAUAGUAAUUGGCGAGGGUCGUUAUGGGAAAGUAAACCAGGGUUUUAUUGAUGACCGUACCAUAAGCGUUGCAAUAAAGGGUGUGAAUAUCAUCAAUUCAUGGCGGAGAUUUCACGAGUUAAGGACCGAGAUGCUGGUGCUUUGCCAGCUACGCCACCCUAACCUUGUCCGUCUCAUCGGAUAUUGUUUCCAAGAUGAACAAGAUGGGUUCCUUGUCUUCGAGUUCGUGGUCAAUGGAAACCUCGCGAGACACCUCUAUGCCACUAACCUCGAUCACGAUCCGGUCCCAUGGAAACGAAGACUACAGAUUUGCGUUGGAGUGGCGCGUGGGCUGCACUGCCUUCAAACUGGGUUGAAGCAUACCAGAGUGUUUUAUGGUAUACGUUGA